AUGAAAAAGUGGCAAAAUGAUAGUGAAAUAAUAGUGAAGGCUGAAAUCAUCUUUGAAUUUGAGAAUGCUAGACUUGAAUGCCAGACUGGAUUUGAAGUAAAUAGGGAAUGUCAGACUGGAUUUAAGGACACUAGACUGGACUUGAAGGAUGCUGGAUUGGAUUUAGG